UGAUUCGCCACGAGCCCUGCGGGGACCGACCCCAAAGGCGCCCCCAAACCCGCGGCCGCUCUGCCGGCGCCCAGGGGCUCCUGCCCGUUGGCUCCCGGUCGGCCUUGAGCGAGCGCCGGCCGGAGCCGCCUCGGGGGUAGCGAAGCGUCCGGCGCGCGGAGCCAGGAUGGAUGCGGCGCGACCCGACGUGCGGCUCGCCGUGCGCGAGGCCCUGCACGCCCUGCGGUCGCCCGAGGACGACGGCCGCGUGCUGGCCACCCUGGAGUCCCUGCAGCGCCUGGUCGGCGACGCGGGGAGCCCGGCGCGGGCCGGCGAGCGGCAGGAGCUGGCCACGGCGCCCUUCGCCGCGCUGCUCCGGGACCUGGCCGGCAAGCUGAGCGCGGGCUGGCCGGGGCCGAACGCGCGGCUGGAGCAGCUGGGCCGCAGCUUCUUCCUGCAGGGCCCGGCCGGUCAGGCCUUCCUGGCGCUGAUGGAGUGCGUGGAGAGCGCUGCGGGCCCCAGCUCCCGGCUGAUGAAGACGGCACAGCUGCUGGCGACGUUUCUGAGCCAGGGCAGGCUGGCGGCUCUGAUGGAGGAGCAGUGUCGGCAGCAGGCGCAGCCGGGCCCCGGCCUGUUCCAGGAGACGCUGCUGGUCAGGGUGGUGGGCCUGCCCGACCAGCUGGCCAACCGCCUGCAGCGGGACACGCUGGACGAGUUCCUGCCCCAGAACUACUUCGCCCUGCUCGGCGAGCAGCUCGUCCGGGCGCUGCAGACGGUCGUGGACUCGCUGCGAGCCGGCUUGGACUGCGCUGUCGGCUUCGCGUCUCAAGUCCUGGGGAAAGUCUGCGUCCAGGGAAGGCAGAAGGAGAUCCUGGGUGUGCUGGUGCCCCGGCUGACGGCACUCACCCAGGGCAGCUGCCUGUGGCAGCGAGUGUGCUGGCGCCUGCUGGAACAAGUGCCCGACCGGGCCAUGGAGGCCACGCUGACAGGACUCGCGGAGGCCGUGACGGGGCCAGAGGUCCUGGCGCGACUGCUGGGGAACCUGGUGGUGAGGCACCGGAAAGCGCAGUUCGUGAUGACGCGGAAGCUGCUGUUGCUGCAGUACCGGCACUCGACGCGCACGCUGCAGAGCCUGCUGGGGUACCUGGCCAUGGACGUCCAGCGGCGCCCGCUCCUCGUACAGGCACUGAAGGAGCUACUGGAGACGUGGGGCAGCAGCAGCGCCAUCCGGCACGCGCCACUGGCACAGCAGCGCUACGUCAGCAAGGCCAUCCUCAUCUGCCUGGCACACCUGGGCGAGCCGGAGCUGCAGGGCAGCCGUGACGAGCUGCUGGCCAGCAUGAUGGCGGGCGUGAAGUGCCACCUGGACAGCAGCCUGCCCCCGGUGCGUCGCCUGGGCAUGAUUGUGGCCGAGGUCGUCAGCUCCCGGCUCCACCCCGAGGGGCCUCCCCUGAGAUUCCAAUAUGACCAGGAUGAACUGAGCCGCGAGAUGCUGGCCUUGGCUGCCCCCAGGCCUGCGGGUGGCAGCUCCCCGGAGCCAGGGCUGCCCCUCACUGCAGUUGCCGAAGAGACCCCCACAGAGACGGAGGACCGUGCUGCAGAGACCCUGGUCAGCAGUGUCCCCAAGGAAGGGCCGCAGGGCUCCGACUCAGAGCUGGACAGUGACGACGAGCUUGUCCCCUAUGACAUGUCGGGGGACCAGGAGCUGCAGAGGGGCAAGGCGCCCCAGUACAUCCGGGACUGCCUGGAAGCGCUGAGCACAUCCGAGGACGUGGAGCGCUGGGAGGCAGCCCUGCGGGCCCUGGAGGGCCUGGUCUGCAGGAGCCCCGAGGCCACGCGGGAGGUGAGCGUGGAGCUGGCCAAGGUACUGCUGCACCUGGAGGACAGGACGUGCGUGGCCGGCUUUGAGGGGCUGCGCCAGAGGGGCCUCGUGGCCGUCGUGGUCGCGGACCCAGCCCGGGUGGCCGAGUACCUGACCGCGCAGUUCUAUGCCCUGAACUACAGCCUCCGGCAGCGCAUGGAUAUCCUGGACGUGCUGACUCUGGCCGCCCAGGAGCUGUCUCGGCCGGGACGCCCCGGGAGGACUUGCCAGCAGGGCUCCCCGGCGUUGGCUGCCGCCCAGCCUGGCAGCACCGCGGCUCCUGACUGGCGGGCGCUGGUGGAGGAGCGCAUCAGAAGCAAGACCCGGCGCUUCUCCAAGGGCUGUCCUCGGCGGGCGCUGGCCAGUGGCCCCAAUGAAUUCAACUCCGUGGCCGGCCACUUCUUCUUCCCCCUCAUUCAACACUUUGACAGGCCCCUGGUGACCUUUGACCUUUUGGGAGAUGACCAGCUGGUUCUUGGAAGACUGAUCCACACCUUAGGGGCCCUGAUGUACCUGGCUGUUAAUACCACAGUGGCCGUGUCCAUGGGCAAGGCCCUGCUGGAGUUCGUGUGGGCCCUCCGCUUCCACGUCGACCCUUUUGUGCGCCAGGGCCUGCUGUCCGCUGUCUCCUCGGUCCUCCUGAGCGUGCCUGCCGAGCGCCUGCUGGGGGACCUGCCCGACGAGCUGCUGGAGGCCAGGUCCUGGCUGGCAGAUGUGGCCGAGAAAGAUGUGGACGAGGACUGCCGGCUGCUGGCCGUGAAGUCCCUGCUGCUCCUGGAGCGGCUCAGAGACAAGCUCCUCCCACCGCCCUCUCCCGUGGGCCCCUGAGACCUGACCGUCCAUCCCUGCCAGGGGAAAGAGGGCCGAGGGCUGGGCCCGAGCCCUGGGAGCACAGCCCCGCGACGCCUGGGCCUCACUGUGUGGCCGGGUCAGGAACGGCUGUUGGAACCGUGGUGCCCGUCCCCAGUCGCUGCUGGGAGCCCUGCUCAUCUGUGUCCAGCCAGAACCCCACAAGGCCUUGGCACUGCCCCUAGGACAGCGCAGCCUGGACGUGGGGCUGUGGAGCUGAAGGCUCCCUGUGGGGUCUGUGGUGAGAGCUGGGGCUGGCAGGGCCAGGUCAGCGUGGCAGGCCCCCGUGGGCUUGUGUCCACAGAAGUAAAAGCUGCAGGUGCGAA